CCGGGCAAGAUGCGAUGCGUUCUGGUUGAAAUUACAAUACCAGCACCAGCAACUCGUCUGCUGGGGGAGGGGGAAGAGUAGGACUAGGCCAGUCUUGAACUCUGUGCUUCGUUCUCUGAUUCUCUCCAUCCCCCUCCCCUCCCGGAAGUGUUGAGGGAUGACUCUCUGCAAAAGUUGUCACGGGGCACCUUGCCAUGUUGGCCGUUGGUAUCUCAAGGCACGCGAUGCUGUUGCUUUGCUUAUUUAUUUUUCCUUCGAAAGGCUCUUGGCGUAAAAACGGGAAACAACACCAGAAGCAAAAUACAUACCAACAUCUAGGAGCAUAAGAUAAAGGCCAUGCUUGUUUGAUGUGAAGUAAAUCUGAGGAGCAUUAACAUGGGAAAGAAACGAACAAAAGGGAAAAACAUUCCAUUAGAUGACUCAUCAGAUGUACCAGAACAUGUGUGUAAGCACCUUCGCAAAGGAUUGGAACAAGGUCACCUGAAAAAGGUAUUGCAGAAUAUAGACUGGAACUCCUGCCAGGAUUGCCGGACACCAGACAGUGAGACACAUGAGAAAACUGAAGAGGAAGCAGAAGACAGACCUUCCAUAUGGUUAUGUCUAAAAUGUGGCCACACGGGCUGUGGCAGAAAUUCUCAAGAACAACAUGCUUUAAAGCAUUAUGAAACACCAAGAUCAGAACCUCACUGUUUGGUUCUCAGUUUGGACAACUGGAGCGUGUGGUGCUAUUUAUGUGACAAUGAGGUCCCAUACAACAGUUCUACACAAUUGGGCCAAGUGGUGGAUUAUGUUAGAAAGCAAGCACGUGUGAAUAUAGAGAAUACAGCAUUGAAAGAUGAAGAAAACAAACUAUUGGAAAACAAAAAAAUAAAGGACCACCAAAAUGAGGAAGUGAAGGAGAAAAAAGAGAUCUUGAAGGACAACAAACUUCAUUUAAAUGGCAAUGCAGAAGUGAUGGUGAAGGGCCUCAGUAACCUGGGGAAUACUUGUUUCUUUAACGCUGUUUUGCAGAACUUAUCACAGACACCAAUUUUGAGAGAGCUGCUGAAGGAGGUUAAAAUGCCUGACACAACAGUUACAGUUGAGCCACCAGAUUUCUCAAUAACAGAACCUCUGAUACUUACACUUGAUCAGCCAAGACCUCUUACACUAGCGAUGUGCCGGUUUCUGACAGAAAUGCAAGAGACAAAAAGAGGCACUGUGACCCCUAAAGAACUCUUCGCUCAGGUCUGUAAAAAAGCUAUACGGUUUAAAGGUUAUCAACAGCAGGACAGCCAGGAACUGCUUCGCUAUUUAUUAGAUGGAAUGCGAACAGAAGAAAUCCAACGGAUUUCUGCUGGAAUUUUUAAGGCACUGAAUAAUUCUACCGACAAAGAAAAUGAAGAGCUAAAAAAGAAAAUCAAAGAGUAUGAAAAGAGAAAGGUGACACAGAGCUUUGUGGACCGUAUUUUUGGUGGAGAACUAACAAGCACAAUCAUGUGUGAGGAGUGCCAAACUAUUUCUUUAGUACAUGAGUCAUUCCUUGAUUUGUCACUCCCAGUCUUAAAUGAUCAGGGUGGUAAGAAAAAAACAAAUGAUAAUAAUGUUAGAAAGAUACAGGAAAAAGAGAUGGACGAUGAUGAUGACUACACAGGAAAUGACUGUUAUUUGAAAGAAAGGGAGGAGACUCCUAGUACGAGUAAGCAUCUCCAGAAAAAAGCAAAGAAAAUGGCCAAAAAGCAAUCAAAGAACCAACGCUGCCAGCAAAAAAAUCAAGAAAAGGUGAUCCGGCUAACAGACAUCUGUGCCACUGAAAAAACUGGAUUUGAUCAUGAUUGCAGCAGUGAAACUAUAGAAAAUAACUCUGAGGGUACUACCCUAAAAUUGAAGGAGUCAUGUAACCCAUGUGAAGAGCACUGUGUGGAUCAAAAAGAUAGCAUGAAAGAAGGAACAACUGAAAUAGAUAAUACAGAAAAACAAGAUGAAAAUACAGAAAAUUCUGACCGAGAGGCAAACAAUGAAACCACUUUGGAUAUUUCCACAGAGGGCUUAGUUUCUGCUGUACAGUGCGUCAGUAAAUGUGACCAUCUGUCUGUCAAACAGGAUAGUCUUGAUGAAGAUGAGGAUAUUACCAAUAGCUUUAAUAAAUUAUCCUUGGAUGAAGAACCUGGUGAUGAUAUAGAUAGUUUAAAUGAACUUCACCAUUCUGAGACAACAAUGUACAAAGUAGUGAAUGAGGACCCAGAAACAGCAUUUUGUACUCUUGCGAACAGGGAAGCUAUGAACAGGGAAGAAGGUUCAGUACUUCAUUGUUUACAUCAGUUCACUCACAAUGAAAAGCUCUGUGAGAAUAAUAAACUGCUCUGUGAUGUAUGCACACGGCGGCAACUUUGUGGAGCAAAGACCUCUGGAAAAAAUGCCAAGAAACAUGUAUACACUAAUGCCAAAAAACAAAUGCUUAUUUCUCUGGCACCUCCAAUUUUAACUCUUCAUUUAAAAAGAUUUCAACAGACUGGAUAUAAUCUCCAAAAAGUGAACAAGCACAUAAAGUUUCUUGAAGUAAUGGACUUGGCUCCUUUCUGCUCUGUUAAAUGUAAGAAUAUUGCAGAGGGCAGUUCAAGAGUAUUGUACUCUUUAUAUGGCAUUGUUGAACAUAGCGGCACUAUGAGAUCCGGCCACUACACUGCUUAUGUGAAGACAAGAGCUACUAACAACCAACUUUCUGAUCUUGUUCUCCAUGGCAAGAUUCAACAAACAGCUUCAGAGACUGAAUCACCCAAAGGACAAUGGUUCCAUGUUAGUGACACCCAUGUGCAAGCAGUGCCUGUAGCCAAAGUGCUGAAUUCACAAGCAUAUCUGCUAUUUUAUGAAAGACUACUGUAAAUGAUGAAAUCAGUCUUCCUUUACGGACGAUUUGAAACUAAGGAAAGUUGCUCCCCCAAAAGCUAUCAUGUUCAAUUACCUGAAUCUUCUGUCUAUACUGAUUUUGUCUUAUCUGCACUUGAACAGAACUUCAUUUCAUGCUUUUAAAUAAAAAGCCUUAAAUUCA